AUGGCGCAAUUCGGCUUCAAGGAAUCCGAAUUAUUCGCCGCUUUUGCCAAAUUCGCCAAUCCUGCCUCGGGCGAUGAGAAUCAAGAGACCUUUUCGCGGUCUCUCUCUCCCGAGCUGCGCCCGGAGGAUUUGAAAAUGGAGAUGGACGAGAAUGAAAAUUGCAAUAAUGAAAUGAAAUUUGACGACAAUUUGACUGCCGAGCUCUUCAAAAGUGUUGGUCAAGUGGAUGGGAGCAGCACGCCGGGGAAAAGCAAUGGGUACCGAGCGGAGUUGAAGCGGCCUGAUCUGAAAGGUACGUGAAAAUAUAAGAAUUUUGGAAAGAACAUGUUGUCUAGCUCGUAUUUUACAUUAUUAAAAACCAAAAAUUUUAAAAGCAAAAAAAAUAAAAUUUUUAGAGAAAUUUUUUAUGACAAAAAAAUUUAUUCACGAUAAAAUACGAUGAGUUCAUCAAAUAAAUUAUGAAAAAAUUAUUUAAAUAUCUUCUUCAGGUCAAUUCCGAUGCACAAUUUGCAACAAAGUUUUCUGCCACUCAUCUUCGUUGAGCCGCCACCGAAUGCAGGCUCAUUUCAAGAGUUACACUUGCACUUUGUGCUCCAAGGAAAUCACAAGUCAGUUUGAAUUUUUUAAGGAAUCCGAAAAUGCGUUUUGAGAGUUUUUGGUUUCACUGUGGAAUGAGAAAAAUUAAAUUUUAUUUAUAAAAAGACUAAAAAAAUUGAAACGAAAAUUUAAUUUUUUUUUUUUUUUGAGAUUUUGAAAGAUAUUUUUCACCAAGGUAAAUUCAGAAUUUUUCUUUCCGAAACAAAAAAAACAUGUUUUUGCCUCAAGCAAUUUUCAAAAAAGAACCCACAAAAAUCAAAAAAAAAUUGAAAAUCCUAAAAAACCAGUCUAAAAGUUAAAGUUUCUUUUCGACCAGAUAAAUAUUGUAAAUCCAUUUACAAUACUUUCAACGCGACAAAUUUUUUUUGCGAAACAGAUUCGAACGCAGGCACCGUUUCUAAACCGAUUGGUUCAAAGAACGGAUGAAAAUGCCUAUCCAGAUAUCGCUUUUUGGCUUUGGUUGAAACGAGCUGGACUAGAUUUCUUUCAAUUUUUCACUUUUUAAUCCCACUGUAGAUCCACAAAAGGAUAUAUGGAUAUAUAAAAGGAAGGGCAAAAGUUGAUCAAAAGAAUUUUUUUGGUUUAUUAAAAUACGACAAAAAUUUUCCUUAAUAUACUCCAUUCGUACUUUACACUUUUUUCAAUUUUUUCCAGUACUGUGCGAAAAAAAAGUUUUUGAAUUGCGCUGUGCAGUUAUUUUUUUAGUUUUUUUGCACUGUGCGAAAAGUUGGAUGAAAAGUUUAGGUGUGGAUACGCUUAUUGCGUCGUAUGUCAUUCGUCAAAUUCGAAUUUUUCUAAAAAAUUAUCAUACAAUAUGCGAAAAAAUCAAUAUUUUCGAAUUGUGCGGAUUUUUUUCUCAUUUUAUUUAUAACCGCGUUAAAAUCCAGCGUAUUUUAAAAAAAACUGUGCAGUCAAAAAAAAGUUUUGAUUUCAGGUAGCAAAAAUAACAUUAAGUCUACACAAGUUUUCAUUGGCGUAUUUUACACUACCUCUUUUCCUAAUACUUACAAUUUUUACCGAAAAAUUAUUUGCACAGUGCAAAAAAUAUGUCUUAUUUUCCACGUCCGCCAAAACAAACGUUGCAAAUUUCACGUUCUCUUUUAUCCGUUAUUAACAACUUCAUGUCUCUGUUUUCCUUCCAAUAUCGUCUCCGUUGGCCCAAUUUAUGUUUAAAAUACAUUUGAUCCCUCCAAAAAAAGGGUGCCGAAAACAGGCGGCUUUGCAUAGUACUGCGCAGAGUCAUCUUUCGUAAACAUAAUUUAUCAUAGACAUUUGCAAUCUGGGAUGUUGGCAAUUAUCGAGUAAUUGAAUUACUCGUUUCUGGAGCAUGUCGACAAAGUUCAUGGCAUUUCACAUAGACGGAUUAAUUGAUCUGCCCUGAAAGCAGUAGGCGGAAGUUUCUAAAUUGGCACGUAUUUGAAAAUUGAGAUGGGCUCAAGUCGGUGAUAUUGGUAUAUGAAGUCAUAAAAUGAACGAACGGAACUUGUAAUGGGAGUAUGGUAGCUAAAAAUACAGCUGUAGGCUGCUUGGUUUUGAUCAAGUUUAGCGUUGUUUUCGGUUUGGGUUGCAAUUUUCAGCUGGCUUCAUGCAAGAGUGAUUGGGAUUUUUAGCAAAAAAAACUACAGGAUCCGAGGGUUUUUUGUUGAAGUUUCACCUUUUACUUUGACUUCGUCAUGUUUCAAACAUCAGUCUGUCGGGAAAAUAGUGAGCGUUAUGUUGCAUCAAAAAUCGCAUCGCCGCCGAGAACAUGAAUUGUGUCGCAAUAAAAUCAAAUUACUUUUCACUUCAGCGACACCAUUGCAGCGACAUUGCGCUUAUUCCUUUCCCGACAAACUGAUAGCCGUGCCUCUGAAAAGAUCGUUGAAUAUCUUAGCUGUGUCUGCAAAGAAUAGAUGAAAAAUCUCAACUAUCAAUCCAGACGCUAGAUAGAUCACGCGUGGCAAAUUUGAAGAAAAUCUGGGCGUCAAGUCUUGAGCAUUUCCCUUCCCCUCCCUGAUGACGAUAGUAGCAUGUAUUAUAGACCCCGGCUGCAAAAAUUGUUGAAUAUCUCAGCUGUCUCUGCAAUGGGCAAAUUAAAACCUUCGAGAAUUUGAGCAUCAUCUAGCCAGAUCAUGCGUGCAAAAUUUCAAAAAAAUCUAUAAACCCUCAGGGCAUCAAAAAACAGUUUUCUCCCAAAAGCCCGACUUCUUGCUUGCUAUCCAAAUUUUGGUCUCAAAUUCGUCAAUGACUUUUCAAACACCUCCCGAAAUUUAAUCAAUCACCAUCUACGGCCCAACUCAUUGCGGAACCUCAUUACCGUUUGUGAACGCAAGACCAGUUUUGCUAAAAAUUAUUAGUAAUUAGCCGCUGCAAGACAAUAUUAUUCAUCGAUGUUUGGGGGCCGGAUGUGAGAACGCAAAUGCUCAACGCAUGCAACCCCCGACUGGAACAUUUCUGCGAGUCCGAAUCGCCGGGUGGUCCACUUUUUGCCCGCAGGGCAUUUAGGUAUUUUGGGGAAUUUUGCAAAAAACGAAAAAAGUUUUUCGACAUUUUUUCCCGUAGUCUAAAAAUUUAAAUGUAAUCGAGGGUUCUGUUUCAACGAAAUCGUUUUUUCCAGCAGUUAUGCCCUGAGGGCGGGCGGUGCGUGCCAAAAAACGUCUCCCAAAAAUUUCGGAUUUCGACCCUCAAGCAAAAAGGUGGGCCCGGAGUGUAUUUAAGGGUGGAACGAAGAGAAAAUUUGCGGAUUGGGAAUUUAUUAGGGCUAGAGGGAUACGGUAAUUUUGUUGCUUUGACAAUACUGGAAUACGAUAGUUUGGAGGGAGAAAAAUACAGUAAUCCAUCUAAUCCCUGAAAUUUUUUUGACGUAAAUGGCUCACAACAUCUUUAUUGCGCCUUGUUGUAGCAUAAAAUGUCAUUCUGUCUUACUGUGACAUCUUGAACUUAGAGAAAAUCACUUUUCAAAGAAAUGUUGGGUUACUGUAGCAUUAGCAGUGAAAAUUGCGCAUUUCGGCACUUAUUUUUUUAGGUAAUGGUCUGUCUUAGCACUUGGGAACACCAAGAAGUCAUCUGGAAUACUUUUUCACUCUUAUUGCCUACUGUAACCCAUCGAAUAAGCAAAAAAUUGGAAAAAAUGGGCAUUUCAUACGGUAUUUUAGAUUUAGAAGGUCUAAUAACAACUUUUUUAUUACAAUUAAUUUUCCUACUGCAGUCUGAACUCUUCACUGGCUCGCAUAUUACUGAACACACCUAUUUUCUCGUAAUCCCGCCUGUACUUCCCUCAAAUCCCUAAAAAUCACUUUUUUGCCCAAAAAAUCCCUAAAAUCCCAAAUUUACGACCCAUAAAAUCUCGGAAAAAGUUCUAAAAUCCCUCUUAACACCUUCGACUAGCCCCUGGCUAUUUUCUGGCUCCCGAUUUUUAUUGAUCUUCAUCAGUAUUUGUGUAAAAGACAUUCUGAAAAGGGGCCUGUUUACUCAGUGAAUAAAUUCAAUAAAAAUUUUGGGAUCGGUCAUCUUUGGGGAUUUUAGGACGAAAAUUUUAGUGGCAGUGGUCAGUUAGGGUCGGAGUAUUCGGGAAUUUGAUUUUUUCAAAUAUUUUUUUGAGUUAAGAUUCGAAAUUUUAUUCUUUGUUUUUAUUUUAAUUUUAUUUUUCUAGUUUCCUGAAAAAUCUAUUAUUUUGACUUGUGACCCCUCAUGGAAAUUUUACAAUUAAAAAAAAUUUUAUUUGUAAAAUACGGAAUCUUAAAAUUAUAUUUUUUCGCAUUUUAGGCCAAAAAAUUUUGAUUUUUAGUUGAUUCGACAUCUAAAACCUUGUUAUUUAUUUUUCUCCAUUUUACCAUUAUUCCGAAAUUUAAAAGGCGUAUUUUACAUAGGCAUGGCUCCGGGCCGGGCUUUCCAAAAUUUUCCGGCCCGGGCCGGGCCGACUAAUUUCUCGGCCCGACCCCGGGCUUCGAUUUUCAGGCCCGGCCCGGCCCGGGCCGGCCCGGUUUUUUUGAAAUCUGACUUUUGCCCGGAAAAAGAGAGAAAAAAUAAGCUUUUUCGAUAGAAUUUUUCAUUUUUUCGAACACAAUGCUGAUAGCGAACGUAAAGUGACCUUAUUUACCACUCGCCCAAAUAAAAAAAAUAAUUUUCAAGUCAAUUUGAAAAAAGUUUCGGAAAUUCUAAAGUGCGACCUCAUAGUUAAUACGCUGGCAUAAAGAGAAAAAGGAAAAUUUUUCAAAAAUACGCAAUACGCUUGUAGGUUUUUUCAAAUCCGAUAAAAGAUCUGUGAUAAAAUAUUUUUGCUAAAAUUUGGGUGACUAUACACAAAAUUUUAUGAUUUUUUGUAACCAUAUGGUAAAACAAUUUAUGGCGACUUAGUAAUUUAUAAAAUAGUCAAGCGGCAAUUGCACUAUGUAUAGGUUUUGCUAAAUUAUUCUUUACAUUUUGCGAAAAUGUGCCAUAAUUUUCCCUUCAUUUCCUGUUUUGUUUCUUUCCAGCCUAGUACAAAAUUUUUCCGGGCCGAACCGGGCCGGGCUUUCCAAAUUUUCCAAGCCCGGGCCCGGUUUGCAGCCAUGCUUAAUUUUACAAGUAAAAACCUCAUUUUUCCUUUACUUAUCAUUUUCGCACUGUGCAUUCGCUCCUCUUUCCUUCCCAAAGAGAAACGGCUCCUUUGAAGAGCUGUGUUUUUAUAGCGCAGUCGGUUGAUCGUCGGCCUUCCAAUCGAAAGGCCGAGGGUUCGGGUCCGGCUGGACACAAUGAAGAAUACAAGUAUUCAGUCUGUCAAUCCCAUGAAUGAACAGUGAUCUAAAACGUCAUACUCUGAGUGUUUUUGCAAUUUUUGUGCUAAAAAUAUUUUUAACGUAAUUUUCCUACGUAUUUUACAAAUUUUGAUUAGAGUUUUAUAGCAAUAAACACUUUUUUCAGCGAAUUUCAAUUGUAGAACAUGCUCAAUGUUAAAGAAAAUGAACAAAAUUGCAGCAGAUGGGAAUCCCCCAUCCUAACCGAUCCAAUCUCCUAUCCUAACCGCAAUUUUGAUCUAUUGCUCUUAUUACCGCCCCCAUCGAUGAAAAGUGCAAUUCCGCUAUAAUAAAUUUUGAAACAUCCGUUCAAAACAUAGCUUAGGAUUCCAAGAAGUUUUUCCGACCAAACAUUAACAUGCUUUUUCCAUUUUUUAGCUGCUAUUUGGGUUAUGGUAGCUACCGUAACCUUGCUCGAAAAAUGUCAUCAUUACAGUUGGAAAAAAAGUUCGCGCGGAAAUUGAGAUAUUAUUUGAGAGUAAGAAAUCAAAUCACCUAUUUUUUGGAAAAAAAUUUAAUCGCGAUUUUUGAAAAAAAAAAUAAUUUUUUUUAUUUUUUGGGCUGAAACUUACAGUAAUCUAAAAAAUAAUUUUUACUACACCCAACACUCGUAUAUAUACCGGCAAAAUCGUCAAAAACAAAUUUACACAAAAAAAAUUUUUGCCUAAAGUAAUAUAAUUGAUGAGAGUCCGUUCGCGGCGAGAAAGGAACGGCUCCCCGAAACGGGAACAGUCGUUUUUUCGGCGGUUUAUUGGAACAACCAUCCAUCAAUUGCACAAAUACCUAACGAAUUUCUGAUGCUUGUCGUGGUGAAAAAAACGUGCGGGGGGUCAGCGGAGUGAUAAUGAUAACGAAUCGAAUUGGAUUGGCGUUUAGGGAAACGGGGAUUUUGACGCAUUUUUUCAACGUCAGCCGUUUUUUGCGGGAUUUGAUGAGGUGUUACGGUAGCUGGGGGUGGUACAGUCGUCUGCAAGCGUUCGUUAUAUCUAUGCGUAGACAAAAAUAUAGUUAAAAAGCUAGUUAAAAAUCGUUGAAAACCAAAAAAAUUUACGAAAAUUAUGUUUUGAUGACUAAUCAAAAAUAGUGAAUUUCUCCAAGGAUAAUUUUCCAAUUGUCUUAAAAAUUUGGCACACAUGCUAUAAUUUAGCCAUAGAUUAAGUGCUGAGAAUCAUAGGCCUUCCGUUAAAAGUGCCGCUGAAAUAUUCAACGAUCAUUAUACAAAGGAUUUUUUUUGGCUCUCAGAAGUUUUGACUCAAAAAUUUUGGUCUCUUCUGCAAAGCGCGGGCUAAAAAUUUCUUCAAUGCCUUAUAAGACCAUAGUCUUUAUCUAUGCCAAGUUGCAUCAAAAUCGUUGCAUCGACCGUUGAGAAAUUUGCAUUUUUCUCUCAAAAACCCCGAAUUUCCCUCCAUUUUCAUCGAUUUUCCACAAUUUUCCCAAGUUUAACCCCAUUUUUUAUGACCUUUAACAUCUCCCACAGAAAUAUUACACUUCGUCAUCUGGUACGGUCUCCAACAACCGCAAUUUCCAUGUAUUCCCGGCUUCAUCGACCUUCCAUUUUCGGAAUUAGUGGAACUUUUUUCAGUGCAAUUCGUCUUUUCCUUUCUUUUCCCCAUUAUUGACACUGCAUUGAUUGAUGCUCCUCAUCAAAUUUAUUGUUUACAUUUUUCCUGAUUUGGGUUUUUUUUCGAAUUCAGGGCUGUUUGAAGAGAGAGUGAGUGGUGUUUGAAGAGGGUAGCAAAGAAAAAAAUUUGAAAAAUUUUUAGAAAACUGAGGGGAAAUCGCUAAAAAAUGCGCAAACGUGAUCAUACAAUUCAAAAUCAUAUUUUUUUUACCUUGUGGGGUUACAGUAAUAUCAAAAAUAUAUCUUUUCUUCGAAAAAAAUUUUUUUUUUUGAAAUUAAAAAACAUCUUUUAUUAGAAGCUACAGUACUCUUUUCCAAACCGGAAUCCCAAUUUUUCCUCGAAAAAAUCCAAUUUUUCGCUUAAUAAUCCAUCAUUUUUCGCUAUAAGCAACACCCCAAAAACCAACCUCUCAUUCAUGCUGACAAAAAUUUAGAAAAAAAAAUUCUCCGCGGCGCCUUGGUGUCUGAAUCGCACCCUCAGAAGUUUUUUUUCCGAUUUUUUUAUUUUCAAUUCUCAGAAUCGAAAAAUAAAAAAUCCGCGGAGCCAAUCAGGAAACUCGCAAAAUUUCGCUAUUUCUCUCUCAAUUUUUUCGGUUUUGAUUGAUCGGCGUACGGUACGUUAAGUGAUAAGAGCGAUAACCGAAUUGGAAAUGAAUUGGGAAUUGAUUUUUGCACUGCAAAAAACACUUGAAAGGUUUUGUGACCCAAAAACACCGCGAAACUCGGGUUUCAGCGAUUGAAACAGGUGAGAAAUGGUCAAUGAAGGUGAUAAGAGACAGGAAAAAUUGAAUUGAGCAAUAUUGCAGGGCGUAUUUUAGAUUUUUGUUCUAGAACUCGUGGAUUUGUCAUAAAUUUCUGCUAUUUAAAGAAUUUUUUUUUGAAAAAAGUUAUAAUUUUUCGUAUAAAAUAUCUGACGAAUAUUGAAAAAAAACUUAUGCAUUGCACCGAUAUCCGUAUUUUACAUUCUAAAUAUUGCCAAAAUUAAUAAAUACAUUUUUUUCAAAAGCUGUGAUUUUUCGUAUAAAAUGUCUCAAAAAAAAAAAAUAAAAAAAUUCAACCUCAAACAUUCGACAACAUCAAUUUUUUCGUACUUUACCUUAUUUUGAAACUUUUUUAUACUUCCAUCGUCCAAUAAUCAAACUUUUUCUCCUGCACUGUGCGAUAAAAAAUUAAUUUUUUUGCACUGUGCAAAAAAGAAAAAAAUGUCGUAAAACGAAUCCUGAUGCAAUAUUUAUGUCAUUUUCCGCUCCUUUCCACAAAGAUUCCUCUAAAUCACAGCAAAAUCCAUCCGAAACAUUGGAAUUCCUCUCAUUCCCACCACCCACAGACCCACCGUGGCAGUAAGCCAUAAACUUGUCAAGUGCGGGUAAAUAAAACAAUUGAAACAAGUGCCUGAGGCGUUCGGUUUUUUAUGAUCGCAGACUUUUUUAUCACUCUUUGAUUGGAACGCUCAUCCGCCGCGAUUUUCCGUCGAUGGGAUCGGGAGCUCCACGAAAAUAUAAAACGAACGCCACUCGUUUCAGAUCGGCUCGAAUGGGGUGAUAGCUUGAUGUGCGGGUUAUUAGGGUCGUUAUUGGGAUGUUUGCACUUUAAGAUUGGAUUUACAAGUUUCCAUGACCUCUAGGGAAGAUUGAUUUUUUUGUUUUCUCAAAAGUUGAACAAAAGUUUUUCCAAUUUAAUUUUUCUUUUCAACUUAAAACUAAUAAAUUGUAAAAUACGGCCUGGCUGCUUAUCGAACCAUUCUUGGCUGGUUCUCAGGCAAAAUACACUGCAUACCUCUAACUCAUCGCUAUUAAAAAUUGUGGCGUCAUCUUGUGCAAAGUGUUAAUUUUGGAAUUUUUGCCGUUCUUCUCAAUGUUUGAUCGUAUUUUAAAUUUUACUUUAUGAAUUGGGUAGCCAUAGUGCUCACUGCGUCUUACUGUAAGAUAGACAACCCCUCUUUUGCUUCGGUUUUCGAUAUACUUAUAGUUUUAUCGAGAUUUAGGGAUUCAAGGGUCUAUUGUAAUAUAACCUCAAUUACUAUGGGAAAGUAAUCUUUCUGUCCCAUUUCUUGUCUUAUUUCGACUUAAAAGUGAGCUACUGUAACUUAUGUACUACUAGUCUACACCAACACUCGCGAUAUCCUCAAAAUUUUGACUUUUUUCGAGAUCUUAUGGUCAAGUAUAAUAUAACCCGGAUUUCUAGUCCAAUCUCUGUCAUAAUUUGAUUUCGCCGGCUAUCAUCAAGUAGCCCACAUUCUACUAUAUCUAAGCCAGCCAUAUUCAGCUGACCAUGGCAUUGGUUGAUAUCGCUACGCCCUUAUCUUCCCCGGAACGCCGUAAAAAGAAGCCUUACAAAGAAUUGACCCUCGCAGAAAAGGUGGAGCUCAUUCGUCUGGCCGAAAACAACUCCAACUUGUCGCAAGCGUCGAUUGCCGAGUUGUAUGAGAUCGCCAAGUCGAAUGUCUGCCGAAUUUUACAGCGAAAAACGGAGUAUCUUCGGGCUUUUGAGAGUGCGAAAUUUGCGGGCUCAAGGAAGCGCAAAUUACGCAAUUGGCUUGAUGAAAAUGAGCCAAUAAAGGCCAAGAAGUCGACUUGCAGCGAGCCAGCGGAUGCCUAUGGCCUUGGUAAAUAAUAUAUCAAAAUUUCAAAAAUUCGAAAAGUUACAAAAAUCGGAUCUCAAAAUUUUCAAAAAAUCUCAUUUCACAGUGAACACAGAAACCAAAAAAACAUGAAAAACUACUGUCUACUGUUGCAUGAUGAAUUUCAAUUUCAGGUAAUGAGACAUUGCGCGCCCAUAUGCUGAAACAACAUCAAAUCUCGCGAAUGUUUAUGUGCCGCUGCUGCAAUUGGGCGUUCCCUGACAAAACCUCAUUACACAUGCAUAUGCAGGUGAGUAAUGGGAGAAAGUAAUGACCAUCAUGGGUCGUUACGACCACUUACAAACUAUGAGAUUAGUUGCAUAGUGAUUACGAAAAUCUGGGGGAGUCUUGGACCUUGUUUCAGGGAUCAAAUUCGAUUUUAAAAUUUUGGAAGAUUACUGUAACAAAAAUAUUGACAAACUGUGUUUUAGAUGUUAGAGGACAUAGAUGGUCAACCUUGAUCAAAAAAUCCCAUUAAAACCCACGUUUUUAUCUAGUAUUAGCCAAGGAACAUAUCAUCGUAUAACAUGUCCAAAUUGAGUUAAAGUCCAAAAUCCUUUCGGCAAAAGUUUGAAUACCUCCUAAAAAUCUAUUUAAACACGUUCUCGAAUAAAAAUCAUCUAAGAAUCAAUCCAAAAAUCUCAUUUUUCAGGGAAAAUCCGAAGGAGCCAGUAAAUCUCUAAAUGUCCCAGUGAUUGGCAAAGGGAUUCCUCCAAUUUCGUCUCCACCAACGCAGCCACUCAACUUCAGCAAUGACGAACUUUUCAAUAAUGUUCUGGCCGCACAGUUGAACAACCCACAAUUGCGCAACGCUUUUCCGGCUCUGAAUCCAAUGAAUUUGGCCGGAAUGGGGCUGAAUCCAACUGUUUCGACCAGUUUUGCUAGCUGUAAGUUGAUCUCGUGACAUUUCUAAAGAACUCGGAGAUUUUUGAUUUUUGGAUUUUGCACUGUGCGGUAAAACAUGUUCUUUUUUGUUCGCACUGUGCGCCGGUUUGAAACUUUUGCAGUGUGCGGCAGCAAUCAGUAUGGUUUGCACUGUGAAAAGUCGAUUUUUUCCGUAUGGUUUGGAAAAUUAGUAACCUUUCGGCAACACGGUGCAAAAACAAAAAUUUGCACGGUGCAGACAAAAACUGACCGCACCGUGCAAAGUCUGACCUCAAGAUUUUCUUAUCAUAUCUCACGUAAAGGUUCAUAACAAAUACAUCCAACCAAAUACGUAACAACCAGCAAUUUUUCCCUAUCCUUUUACGAGAAUUUUAUCCAUGUCGUCAGGCAUUACAAAAUUCUAAAUUUACUCCCGGAAAAUAUCCUUCGAAAAAAUGACCACCCAAUGUGUCGGAGAGCGGAAAAAAAAUUCCUCAUAGCAUGUUUAAAUGGAACCCCAACGUGCUUCCGACAUUAAAUUUACCGCUUUUUAUCCCACAAUUGUCACGAAACAAGUGUUUUUAGUAGUAUUGUAAAACGUUGGUAAAAAAGACGAAAAACUAGUGUAAAGGAAGCCCUGAGAUGGCAUUUGGGAGUAAAAAACGAUCUACACACUUCAAAUUAAUUUUUUUAAUUCUAAAUUUUGGAACAGUACGAUUAUUUGUUUGCACAGUGCAAAAAGUUUCCAAAAAUUUUUUUAUUAGUAUCUCAGAAUAUUCAAAAAAUAUUUAUUUCAGCAGUUAUCAAGCCCGGAAUCACCUCCCCACUUACUCCCAGUAGCACUGCCUCGGGCGCGAGCUGCGAAAACCCUCAAAGCAGUCUCUUCCCACAGCUCUCCAUGAUGCCCAGAGAUAACGCAGAUUUGUUCUCCAAAUUGAGAGAUAGAUUGUUCUUGAACAAUCUCUGGCUGCCCGGAGGCAAUUUGAUGAAUAUGGCUCAGUUUGCCGCUCAUAACACAACUGAAGGAACAGAGGGAAAUUCAGAGGAGAAUGGUGAGUUGAGAGGACAAAAAAUCGAUUCCGUCUGUCGUCAUCAUUUUCCCGCCAAAAAAUAUUCAAAAUUUUCGAGAAAUUGAAAAAAGAAACCGUUUUUACACCUAUUUUUUCAGUAUUCAACAUCUUUUCCAACCCGAACGUUUUUGCCACCCAGCCCGACCAAAUGGCUGCCAAAGCUCUCUCCACAUCGCAGCAACAGGCCUUACAAACCCUGAUGCAACAAUUCAUGCAAAAAUCAGAAAAGCCGGAUGUAAAUGACAGCAAUAACAAUGAUACCAACAAUAAUGUGGAUAAUGAGAAAGAUGUCGAGGUCAAAGUCGAGUCAGAACCCGAGGAACCGGCGGCUCCCAGUCUGGUAAGUUCUGUGCUUUUUUUUGGCUGCAGAUUCGCAGCUUUGCACUACAAAAAAUGGACUAGUCUUAUAUCGAAAACUAAAAAAUCCGUUUCAGGAGAUCCAAGAAGACCACUCGUCCCAUCAGCCCUUCUCUGCCGGUGCCAGCCCCACCAAUUCAAACAGCAGCGCCUCGCCGAGCAACAACUCGUCUUGCUUCGACUGCCAAGUGGCCAAGACCAAACUCAUGGAGCUGUCCUUGGAAAUCCAGAAAAUCCGUCAGCAAAAGACUCAGGCCGACCAAGAGCUGAGCGAGAAAAACGAGGCCUUGGCGCGACGACUGACCGAGAUUCGGGCGCGACUCGCGAAAUUCAUGGAAGAGCCGGAAGCCGCGAAUAAUUCGGAUUUUGUCCGUGAAAUCAUGAGGUUCACCAUGCUACAAUAA